UGGUGUCGACAUAUCAAGUUAUUGAUGGCCAAAAUCCCAAAGAUACUACUAGAUUGAGGUCUGGGGGUACUAAACGAAGCAACGCAUCUCUUAACAAAGUUGAUCCUUGGUUCGACAACGAUUCUAUGGAACUGAUAAGGUACAACCCGGGUGAAGUUGAUAGAUCUCAUAUCCAAACUCCUGAAGUUGAGGUAUAUAAGCCGGCCAUGAAUACCCUGAUAUACUUCGCAAACGAAAAUAUUGCUGCCAAAGUAAAUGUGAACACGUUGAAUCAGGAAGGACUGGCCCCUAUUCAUCUUGCUGUUCGCAUCAAUGACGUUGGGACAGUAGCUUCUUUAUUGCAAAGUGGUGCAGAUAUCAAUCUUGCAGACAAAACUGGAUUGACGCCUCUCAUCACUGCAGCAAGGUUUAACAGGCCAGAGGUGGUUAGGCUUCUUCUUGAAAGAGGAGCUGAUCCUCUCAUUGGAAAUGAGUCUUAUUCGGUUUCACCACUUCACGAGGCUGCCAGAAGGGGCUUUAGAGAGAUUUGUAGUCAUCUGUUGAAUGAUUCUAGAAUAAAGGCUACUACUGUAAAUUAUGGAAGUUUUUCGCCUUUGCACAUGGCCUGCGUGGGCGGAGAUCGAGCCACAUGUGAGCUGAUCUUAAACCAUGGUGCCGACAUCACCUACACUUCGAGGAUAACUAAUAAUACGCCACUUCAUUUUGCGGCUUGGAAGGGAUACCAAUACAAUUGCGAACUUCUUAUCAAAGCAGGUAAUCGUUUACUCUCCCGACCUACCAAAACCAUUUGCUAG